GUCAGCAUCAUCAGUCGACACCUUAGGUAGGGCCUCGCAGAAAAAGAGACACAAGCGAAUGUUUUAAGUAUGGGAGACGAGCAGGGCAACGAUGGGGUGUCUGAGGACACGCUCCGAAUGACCAUGGACGCCUACGUGGCUCCCGUGCUGUUUUCCAUCCCACUGCUCGUAGGGGCCACCGGCAACGCGCUGGUCAUUUACGUGGUGGCUCGCUUCAGCGAGAUGCGGACGGUGACCAACUACUACAUAGUCAACCUGGCCAUCACUGACCUGUCCUUUCUGCUGUGCUGUGUGCCAUUCUCUGCAGCCAACUACGCCCUACCGUCUUGGAUCUUCGGUAGAGUCCUCUGCAAGUUGAUCAACUACCUCAUGCAGGUAACAACACAGGCGACGUGCAUCACGCUGUGCAUCAUGAGUGUGGACCGGUUUUGCGCCAUCGUCUACCCGCUCCGAUCUCUGCGCUUCCGGCGCAAGCGUGUGGCUGUCAUUGUGAACGCCAUCACUUGGCUGGUGUCCUUUCUGACCGCCAUACCAGUCUGCAUCUUUCACGACCUGACCCGGUUCAACUGGUACGGCUUCCGGACCUACUGCCGCCCGGCCUGGCCCAGCAAGGCGUGGGAGGAUGGCUACAUGAUCUUCACCAUCGCCUUCACCUACGUGCUGCCCCUCAUCAUCUGCUCGGUGACCUGCUCGCUGGUGGUGAAACGCCUACACAGCCGCUUCCGCAGGUCCGAGAGCCGGCCCCAGCACCAUGAAGUUCAGACCAGACGCAUCACCCGGAUGGUGGUGGGAGUAGUGAUCGUGUUCCUGGUCUGUUGGCUGCCCAAUCACGUCAUCAACAUGUGGCGUUACAUCCACAUCAAGAACAAGUUCUCACCGGCCUUGUACUAUGGCAAGAUGGUGGCCCUGUUUCUGAUCUACUGCAACUGCGCCCUGAACCCAUUCAUCUACACACUGAUCGGCGAGAACUUCCGCAACUGCCUGAAGCAGAUCGUUUCACGGACCAGCAGCAACAGCAGCAGCCAGAGCACCAAGCUCAGCCACCCUGGCUUCGGCUUCCGAAAAAGCAACGAGAGCGCGAAGGACCUCAAGAACAUCGACGCCUCCCCGAACGAUCGCAUCGUACCCGAUCCACCAGCUGCCCCGAAAGAAGUGGUCGUUGACGUGGAGCUAAAUCCGUGUGCUCUGAAGAGAGAGGAGGUCAACAGUGAGCUCUCCACAAAGGAGACUGAAUGA